AUGGCUAGAGUUUCAAAGAAAAAUGGUGGACACAUAAAUUCUACUGGACAGAAAACCGAUAGAAAAGAAAAAGAACCCUCUUCACGUGAGCAACAAGAUUAUCCAGACCAAUCAACUAUAUUCCAUUUUUUCCGUCCUUUAGAAAUUGAUAAGAAAAAACGAAGAACUACUUCUUUGGCUGGAACAAGUCGUGUAUUUAAAUUAUCUUCUAAAGGAAAGAUUGCUUUGAGAAAAUACAAGUCAAAGAAAAGUAAAGCAAAACAGUUGGAAGAAAUUCAAAAAUAUAAUAAAAAAAUUCCAAUGUAUUUUGACUAUUUAAAUCCUGAAAAAGUAGAAGAGAAUGAAGUAAAUGAAUCUAGAAAUAUGCAUGGAAGAAAGUCUAUUCGUUCCUCUAAAAAGAACAUUGAUGAAUUAUUAAAAAAUCAACGUCAAUUGACUGAGUUCUAUGAGGUCAUUGAAAAAAUAAGUGAACUUUAUAUUUCGAAAAAUGAAUCAUUACCGUUACGAAGUAAUGACGAUAGUGCGACAAUUCGAAGGGCCGAUUCAAAUCUUGAGGAUAAUAAUGCACAUAUAGAUGGUUCAAAAUGUUUAAGUACCAUUAAGAGUGAGACUCUUGAAAUAUCUAAAUCAACAAAAUUUGUCGGGAAAGUUUCUACAACUUCUGAUAAUGAUAUGAAUUGUGAUUCCCCUCCAAUUGCUUCUUCCCGGUUUGAUUUACAAAAUUCCUACCAUCUUUCGAACUUCUCUAUCGAACCAAAUGAUUCUUUCAUUACAAUGUCAUCCAUUUUAAGUUCUCCAAAAGUUGCAACUAACUCUGUAAUGAAUAGACUUAUCGAAUUAGAUGAUGGUUUCAAAAUUCUAAGGGAAUCUAAUGAUGAGAAUAAUGAAAUUUUAGAUACUAUACAAGACAAUCCACAACUGCUAGAUCCAAGGAAAUCUUUGAAUCAAAAUAAGGAAUCUUUCUAUAAUAAUGUAACUAAUCAAGUUGAGCGAUCAUGUAACUCUGAAGUAAAUCGACUUAUCGAAUUAGAAGUUGGUUCCAAAAUUCGAAGGGAAUCUAUUAAUGAGGAGAAUAAUGGAUUAUCAGAUACUAUACAAGACAAUCCACAACUGCUAGUUCCAAGAAAUUCUUUGAAUCCAAAAAAGGAAUCAUUUUGUAAUAAUGUAACUAAUCAAGUUGAACAAUCAUCUAACUCUGCAGUAAAUCGACUUAUCGAAUUAGAAGUUGGUCCCAAGAUUCGAAGGGAAUUUACUAAUGAAAAGAAUAAUGGAUUGUCAGAUACAAUACAAGAUAGUCCACAACUGUCAAUCCCCAGAAAUUCUUUGAAUCAAAAUGAGGUACCUUUUUCUUUUAGUAAUAAAGUAACUAACCAAAUUGAGCAAUCUCGUUUUAUCAGCAUGUCUAGUCACGUUAAUAUACCUUGCAAUAAUAAUUCCUCCGACCAGGAAGAACCUCGAAAUAAGAAUUUGUCUAGUCAAGUUGAGGGAUCUUUUUAUAAUGUCUUAUCUUAUUACGUUGAUGAACCUCGUUGCGAUAAUGUGCAAGAUAAUUUUUACAAUAAUGAAAUGGAUCACGUUGAGGAAGAAAACGAAGAGAUGGCAAGGAAAAACAUCAGAGGAAACAAUUUGAUCAUAAACAACAAUAAUAAUUCUGAUGGUAAUAUCGAAAAUAAUAGUAAUUGCGAAAAAAGUGAAGUGCAUUCAAAUCAUAAAAAUGAGAGUGAUGAGUUAUAUAGUUAUUCAUGGGAAAGCGAAAUAAUUAACUUUCACAGAGACGAACCCUUGAAAAAUAAGGAUAAUACGAGUCAAAAAACUAAAUUGAACGAAAACGCACAUAAACAAUUGGAAAAGGAGGAAUUUAUAAUUCAAGAAACAUCCGUGUCUUGUGUGAUACAAGAAGAAAAUGAGGAUCAUAUACAAGAAAUUAACUCGAGAAACACAUUUUUCAAGGAUCAUACAAUGCAAGAAACUGGAAAUAUUCCUGAUAGUGUUCAAGAAGUAUCAUUGGACAAAGAGUAUCAUAUUUCUCAAGAAACUGAUUUGGACGAAGAUAUCCCUUAUCAGAGUACAAUCGAUCUUCAUUGUUGUUCUCAAUCUGAGAACAAGUGUGAAUUUCAUCGCAUUCAUGAUUUAUUGGAAAAAGAUAAUUAUAAUCCCGACUCAAUCAGCACCUUUGAAUCAUUUAAAUAUUCUGUUCCAAAUGAAUAUAAUGACCUUUCUAAUCAUAAAGAGUUAAAAGAGUUAAUUGAUGUGUGCCAAUUACCGCCAGAUAAGAUUUGUUCUGUCAGAUCUUUUAAAGAUGGAAUUUCACCCGCACCGUCGCCACCUUCCUUACUCUCUCAAAACACACUUGCCAGGGUGCCUCAAGCUGCUUGGAAUACAUUGCCUUCAUUAAAUAUUUCUACUUUGGAUUUUGAUGAUCUUUUAUAA